AUGGUUUCUUCAGGGAAAGAUGUCUUUGUUGGUGCCAUUGAUCAGGGCACCACAAGUACUCGCUUCCUCAUCUUCAACACCAAUGGCGAGGUCGUCGCCCUUCACCAGAUUGAAUUCAAGCAAAUCUACCCCCAGCCCGGCUGGCACGAACAUGACCCUGAAGAGCUGAUAAGCUCCGUCGAGCAGUGCAUCGACGGCGCCGUCGCGGCUUUUGAGGAGCAGGGUCACUCACGCAGCCAGAUUGCCGCCGUUGGCAUCACCAACCAGCGCGAGACCACCAUUGUCUGGGACAAGAAAACUGGCAAGGCCCUCCACAAUGGCAUCGUCUGGACCGACACCCGCUCCCAGGAACUCGUCCGCCGCCUCAAGCACCGCCUCGGCUCCAAGGAGCUUACUAGCCGCUGCGGCCUGCCGCUGUCCACCUACUCCUCGGUUGGUAAGCUUCUCUGGCUGCUUGAAAACGUGCCUGCCGUCAAGGAGGCGUACGAGAGCGGCAACCUCGCUUUUGGUACCGUCGACGCCUGGCUCGCCUACAAGCUCAAUGGCGGCCCUGACAAGAACGUCCACGUCUCCGACCCUUCCAAUGCCUCGCGUACCAUGUUUAUGAACCUUGAGACCCUCGAAUACGACGCCGAGCUGCUCGACUGGUUUCGCCUUGACCGUAAAAAGGUCCAGCUUCCCAAGAUUGUCCGCUCCUCCGACCCCGAGGCCUUUGGCAGCCUCGCCAACACGGCCCUCAAGGGCACCAAGAUCACAGGCUGCCUCGGCGACCAGUCUGCCGCACUCGUCGGCCAAAAGGGCUUCACGCCCGGCCUGGCCAAAAACACCUACGGCACCGGCUGCUUCCUCCUCUACAACGUCGGCCCCAAGCCCAUCUUUUCCACCCACGGCCUCCUGUCCACUGUCGCUUUUGAUUUUGGCCCCGGCAAGACCAUGUACGCUCUCGAGGGCAGCAUUGCUGUCGCUGGUUCUAGCGUAAAGUUCCUGGUCGACAACCUCGGCUUCAUUGAGUCGUCUUCCAAGUUGAGCGCUCUCGCCGAGACUGUCGAGGACAACGGCGGCUGCACCUUUGUUACGGCUUUUAGCGGCCUGUUUGCUCCUUACUGGAUCGACGACGCCCGCGGUACCAUUUUCGGCAUCACUGCCUACACUAAGCGUGGCCAUAUUGCCCGCGCCACCCUCGAGGCUACUUGCUUCCAGACCAAAGCCAUCCUUGACGCGAUGGAGAAGGACAGCGGGCAGGCUCUGACUGAGCUCGCCGUCGACGGCGGCAUGUGCAACUCGGAUCUCAUCAUGCAGACACAAUCAGAUUUCAUCGGCAUUCCCGUAAACCGCCCCGCCAUGCGUGAGACGACGGCUCUCGGCGCUGCCAUUGCUGCAGGUCUGGCCGUUGGCAUCUGGGAUAGCUUUGACGACUUGAAAAACGUCAACAACGACGGCCGCACAACUUUCAAGCCACAAAUCACCGCCGAGGAUGCCAGCAAGCGCUUCUCCCGCUGGGAAAAAGCCGUCGAGAUGAGCAAGGGCUGGGCCAACUACGACUAG